CCUCAAAUUGCCCGCAAUCUCACGGCACGCACCCGCAAAGACCAUCAUAAAUGCGGUGACCCUGCAGAAGCUCUUUAACAAACGAAACUCACACCCGCCACAAUGCCGCCAAAAGGUGCGCGAGGCGGUGCAGCGCGAGGCAGAGGCCGUGGACGAGGAAAGGCUACAGCUCCUGCAGCACCAAGUGCAAUGGAAGGCCUAAUUGGAGAGUCUGCCAAUGAACCUUCGAGCCAAUCCACUCUCGAAGACUCCUCCCUGCCCUCAGCAAAGAUCACAACGCCUCAACAUCUUCUCGAUGACAAUUCAGUACCCUCACCCAAUUCUUCGCCAGUCUCAAUUCCGACCGAAACCCCUGCCCCAACGCCUGCGCGCGCUCCCAUACCACGAUCAGAACCUACAGUUUCAUCUUCAAGUCAUGUUGGGGAACCUUCAACACGAGGUGGACGAGGUGGGGCUCGAGGCGCGAAGCCUGCUGCUGCAAGUCGAUUCAAGCCAAAGAAUGUGAGAAGCGAUGCUAGCAAGCUGAAGGAGAUCGCCGAAAGAGAGGAGGCAAAAUUACAUCAGUUGGCUGUUGAGAAGGCCAGAGAGCAGGCCAGAUUGUUGCGUGGGAGAGGCAGACUAGCAAGAGGGAGAGGUGAUGUUAUGGGCAGAAGGGUUGCAACUGCUAGCGGGAUAUUCUCAAUUGCUCCUGAAGCUCUGAAAUCCAAUCCCGAGUUCGCGUCAAAGUUCAAGUCAGGAGGAGGUGGUGGUGGUAGUUCGUCCGGUGUCAAGAAGGAAGUCGGUGCCUCUUCACGCGCAGGUGGUCCAGGAGGGUCAAGAGGUGGUGAGAGUCGCAGUCAGGAUUACGAACCACGAUACCCUGAUCAAGAUGAAGAUACUCCAAGAAUUGAUAUCGAGACGAUCAAUAUCUCCUCUGACGACGAAGAACCUGUUUUUGCUGGCUUUCGGCCAGCCCUGAACGGCAAAGCAAAAGCUGGCUCAAGUAAAGGAGGUCUAAAGCCAGUUCGCCUACACAGAGAGGAACAUAAAGAGCGUGUCACAUUGGUCAACACAGAACCGACAACGAAGCCGCCUCCAGAGGACGAUGACGAAGAGUUACCCACGAUUGAUGAGUUAAGAUCUGCCAAAGCUACGCGCAUUAAUGAGCCAUCGAGCCCAAAAGCAACCUUCAUCAAAUACGAGGUGGACGAUGGAGAUAUGCAGAUGUCAUUUCGCUCUGGCAAACCACCGCCAAGUGCUUCACCAGAUGCAAAACGCAAAUUGCAAGAGUCGAAUGCCUUCAUACCACCCAUUGAGCUCGAUACCAUUCCAGAAGGGUCGGCCGAAGCAAAUGCUAAAGCGAAGAAAGAACAGAAGCAACGAACAGCCACAAAGAAAGCCGACAAGAAGCCUGUCCUGCAGACUGCACAAGAUAAAGCAGAAUACGAACGUCAUUUACAAGAUGUGGCUAUUCUGGCAGACGAACUCGGUGGCCUCCAGGGAAAUCUACGCGACAUAGGCAAAGGAAAGGAUGUCGAAGGUGAUGUUGAAAUGGGAGGCACUCUUGCAGAGGAUGACAAGAAAAGUGGUCGAUUAUAUCUUUUCCAGUUCCCUCCUGUGUUACCCGAGCUCUACAAUCCCAUCCAUGGGAAACCAAAAUCUCCAGCCGAGGUGAAGGCAGAAGAACUUGCCAAAGCUGAAGAGGAGAAGAAGGCCGCUGAAGCUGCAGCAAAGGCCGAAGCGAAAGGGAAGAGUAAAAGCAAAGCCGCUGAUACCAACACUGACGCAGUUGAGAUCAAGGUCGAAACGACUCCCGCUCUUUCGCCAGAAGACAGGAAGAAGAAAGAGGAAGAGGAAAAACGAAAGAAGAGGCAAGGCUUCGUCAAAGAACAGGGUUACAUCGGCAAACUUAUUGUUCGCGAGAGCGGUCGAGUAGAACUUUCCUGGGGUGGCACGAGUCUGCUCGUUGGGCGAGGUGUGGAUGCGGGAUUUCUGACGACGGGUGUAGUGGUUGAUAGUCAGGAACGCGGCCCACCUGGUGGUGGAGUUCCCGAGGGCCAGGCAAUGAGUAUGGGGCAGAUCAUGGGGAAGUUUGUCGUCACCCCAGACUGGCAGAAGAUGGCCUGAUAUGUGAAUGCGGGAGUGGUUUCCGGAGAAUGGGAAGCGAUGUGAUGCAUUUACAGGAGCGGAAAAAGAGUUGCAUAGCCUGGCGUUUUCUGGGCUCUGCAAGAGCUUUCAAUUGACAUUUUCGAGGUCAGGCAAGAGAGACGACUUGAUGGGUAGAC